UCUAUGCGAUUCGCACGGUGUUUUUCUUUGUUUCUCGGGGCGUUCGGAGGCGCAAUCUGCCACUCUGUGAUGUAGUGUUUAAUAAACAUACGCAAAGGAUUUGAACGGUUGGAAAUCGCCACGGAAGUUACAUGACCAUCUUGUGAUUAAUUAUUAAGUACAUAGUAGCAGUUAUAAUGUGUGCAUGACAACGUCCAAUUGCAUUAAUGUUAUAUAAUUAGAUUGUUUUCGGAUAAUCUGCGAAUCACGGAUUGCAACAAUUUGACAGCCCAAUCGAAAUUGAUUUGCAAUGAAUUAUUACAGUGUGAAAUUGAGUGCAAUUGAUACGAAAGAAAAAGUUUCCUGAGGCGUUUUCCGUGACUGUAGUGUUCUGAAAAAAUGAACGGUGCAAAAACGAAACUAAAACAACAAACCAGACAAACGGAAUCCAGAAGACAGCAGUUGGACUGAAACAAAUCAAUGAAAUUUAAUCCAAUCCACAGCAUCCAAUUCGCGAACAGUAGUGAUUCGAGUUUCAUUCUCGAAGCCUUGGGGAGUUGGAGGCCCAAAAAAAAGUGCAAGCCCUCGACAAGCGGUGUAUGCAAAAAUAAUGCAUAUCACUGAACAUGACUGCUCGGGCAGGACAAAAAAGGAUUGAAUGAAUUUGGCAAAAAAUAGAAUAUUAUUCCAAUUAAACCAAUUAUAAUACCUAAAUUGCAAAAAUCAUUUUACGUAUGCCGAAGCUCUCACAUACCAAUGUGUUUGACAGUAAACUGAAAUAACCACGAGAACAAAUAAAAAAAUGUUCACAAAUUGGUUAGCGCCUCCCACGACAGCCUUGCCACCAGAUACAAUCAUUGAAGUCGGGCCACCACCGUUUACCCGUUAUGCUGCACACAGUGCACUAGUUUCCGCCCACAGUGGCUAUCUGAGAGCGGCUGUGCGUUCUGACAAUUCGACAGGAAGCGUGGAAACUGUACCAAUCUAUGUCCCCAAUGUGACCGCAGAGCAAUUCACACCACUUCUCACUUAUAUGUAUACGGGAUUUUUAGACUUGAAUAUAGAAAACAUUUUUGGUGUCCUACUCGCUACACAUAUACUUCACAUGCCACGAGCAUUGGAGAUGUGUCGUGCUUUUUUGUCCGGUACACAAACAGAAAAUUAUUUUAUGGGACUGAAUACGAUAUCAGCAACAGCUGGAGCAUCCAACAGUCACAAUCAGCCCAAACCUAUCAGUGACUUGGAGAAUAGGAAAGUGGUGCGACCGAUAGCGAGCAAAGCUACGGGAAUAGGUUUGAACUUCAUUGCCCCUCCUGCCUCACACAUUCUACUACCGAGUACCCAUACUCCAUUUAAAAGUUUUUCGACAAUUGGAACAGCAAGUGUAUCCAAACUGAGUGAAAGCAAAAGGAAUUCUCCCCCACCAGUCACCACAAGUGAAAUAACGGAAAAAUUAAAACCAGUCGAUGAUACUAAUAAUGAAUCAAGCGAAACAUCAAAAUCUAUAAAAGACUCAAAUAACCAAAAGCGCCAAUCAAAAUCGCUCAAACGUUGCUCCAAUAAAUCGGAAUGUAUUUUAGCUGCCAUCGCGAAAAAUUCUCCAUCGAAUGACAAAAGUGUAAUUAUUGAUAUUGCUAGUUGUGAUGGCCCGGUGCGAUUCCGUCGAGUUCUUAACGACAGAUAUGGUAUGAACAAUAACACAAUUUGCCUGGCAAAUGAAUCGAACAGCCCUUCGCGGUAUAUGAGCUCAUCGUUUCAUGAACAGAUGGUGCGGAACAUAAACGAACACAAACAGAAUCUAUCUUCGGCCGAAAGUUACAACUGUGGCAGUAACAAGGAUGAGAACAGCCAGGACAACAACCAAUCGCAAAGCUCACAGCAAAGUGGCGCACCCAACACAAAUAGCGCAGGAACAACAUCAGCUGGCGAAACUUACAGCUGUGUGUAUUGCAAGCAUACCUUCAAAUCACAAUACUGUUAUCAAAAGCACGCGAAGAGGCAUUUGAUUCCUCUCUCUCUAGAGAUUGGUUCCAAUGCAGCAGCAACAACAGUGGACGACACUGUCGCUAGUGACGGGGAAAAGGAAACGGUCACAAAGUUUGGAAAAUCUAGCAGCAAUGGAAGCGGUGGUGGUGGUGGUGGCGGUACAAAGCGCGAGGUUAAGCCUCUCGAUAUGAAUGUGCAAUAUUAUCCAUGUAAAACAUGCGGGAGUAAAUUUCCUAGCUAUUACUUUGUACACAAACACCGAAAAAUGUGUCAUGCUGACGAAGACAUUCUAUAAACUGAUAGAAGAAACAAGUAUGCAGCGGUCAUUACACAUAUACAGGGUAUCAAAAAUCAAAAUGCUAGCUCGUGACAUAUCAACUCUAAUAAUAAAAAAAUAAUUUUAUUUCACUCUAAGCCUAAACUGAUUGUUUGACUGACUAAUCGUAAUAUUUGAAUGUAUUUUGAAAAUAGACUGUUUCUUUUCUGUAAUCCGGAAAAAAAUGCUAGUUAGGAAUAUAAAUGCGAGAUUGAAAAAAAAAUUUAAAAAUAUAUAGGGGGUUGUAUCCAAAACACUAUCGCUUAGGAUGCAAGACUACGCAUUCAUUUUAUUAAAUUUGCUUGAUUAUCAUUUCGGAUGUUAUUUAUAAAAACAAAGAAAUCUCUAUUUACUAGAAAAUUUAGGUGAGCCUGAAAAGUGUAAGUCAUUAAGCCUUGGUCCUGUAGAAGCAGUUUUAGAAGCAGUGACUCUUUCUUGCCUUUGCGAGAACAAC